GGAAGUUUCGGUUUCGUUUCUUCAGGCUGGCGAGACGUGAGGCGCGGUUUCCACUGACAUGUAUAGGAGAUCAGCUGGAUCACUGCGACCAAUAUCACGGAAGACUACACACCACUAUACACGUCGAGCAGCUGUCAGCUUUAAUGCAAGAGACAUAGUCAAUAUCUCUCUGCUGUCAGUUAAUCGAUCAUUUCAUCGAUCAUGUAUGAGUCUGAGAAGCGCAAUCUACUGAGGUGUAGUGAAUACCUGGUUCAUAUUUUGCGACCGUCUUACGUCAAAGGCUUCAUGACAACUUACCUGCAACCAGAGGUUGCAGAGAGGAUCCUAUCAGAGGAGAGUAAGUCUGUGACGUCAGCAGCCCAGGUGUUUCUAGACCAGGUGUGUCUCCUGGACGAACUGGGAUGGUACCAGGCCCUGCUAGACGCCCUGGACGCAGAAGACUAUAAGGGUCUGUGUGAGGCCCUGAAGAAGUGGGACUUUCAGAUCCUGGAGAGCACCAAGAUACACAGAGUGCUUCUGGAAAGGAUAGAACCCAGCUUCACCAAAAUGAUCAAACCCAGAGACCUGCUGCUACACCUGGGAGAUUGUCUCAGAAAGAGAGAGUAUGAAGAGAUACAGGCAAUAGAGAACCAGAAGGGGCCUAUAGCGGCAGCAGAGAGGCUGACUGACUGUCUGAAGAGAAGUGAUAAACAAAACUGGUUCAAACUGCUGAAGUCGGCUCUGUUGUCCUGUGACCUGACUGACGCCCUGCAGCUACUGGAACCUGACACAGAGUCAUCGGUGUCAGAGAUGGAAACGGGUGAUGAGGAGGAGGGUGAAACCAUGACGACUAUCUCCUUCCAGUACACCGAGCAGUUUGACGACGAUGAUGGGAUGCUGAUGAGCGGCAAUCACUUGACACCCUCGGAAACCCCGCCCACCUCUGCAACAGGAGCCAAUAGUGGUGUUGGUGAGGUCCAGAAAGGAGGAGAGAAGAGGCUGAGAGAGGAGGAGGAGAGAGGAGGAGGAGGAGGAGGAGGAGAGAAGAGUAGAGGAGGAGAGAAGAAAAUGAGAGAGUAUCAGAGAGAGCUGGCUGAACCAGUGUUUCAGGGCAAGAACACGGUCAUCUGUGCACCAACCGGCUGUGGGAAGACGGUGGUUGCCCUGGCGAUCUGUGAGCACCACCUGAAGGUCAAGGGUAAGGGGGCAAAGGUCGUCUUCAUGGCAACCAAGGUGGACGUCUUCAACCAGCAGUAUAAACUGUUCCAGGAUCAUUUCCAAGAGAAAGACCCUGAUAUCAGGAUCAACGGCCUUUGCGGUAACCAGGGCGACCAGCUGUCGAUGAAGGUGGUCAUGGAGAACAAUGACAUCAUCGUCUUAACCCCUCAGAUCCUGGUGAAUGCCGUGGCCGGAGGGGAGAUCACCUCUCUCUCCUGCUUCUCUCUGUUGAUUCUAGAUGAGUGUCACAACACAACAGGGAAACACCCCUAUAACAUCAUCAUGACGUCGUACCUGGAUGCCAAGCUCAGCAAGGAGCAGAGCGGACAACACCUGCCCCAGAUUGUGGGUCUGACGGCCUCAGUGGGGAUUGGCUCGUUCAAGAACCAAUCAGAGGCUGAGAACAACAUCUGCCAGCUGUGUGCCAGUCUGGACAGCCGCAUCAUCUCCACCAUACACACAAACACUGAUGAGCUACAGUCCUACGUACACACACCUGAGAAAGAGUUCUUCCUGGUCGAGAAGAGACACACAGACCCUUUCAUCAGGAUCAUUCGUGACAUCAUGGCUAAGAUAGAAGGACUGGCCAAGACCGUCUACAAUAUAGAGUCCUUGUCAGCCAUAGAGAAUCGUGACUACGGCAGUCAGAAGUAUGAACAGUGGAUCGUUGAUGUUCAGAAGAAAUGCAGAGUUCUCCAGCUGAAAGACCAGGAGGAGGAGAGUAGAGUCUGUAGGGCCCUGUACAACUAUACUGAGCACCUGAGGAAGUAUAAUGAUGCAUUGAUCAUCAACGAGGAUGCCAGGACUAAGGACGCGUUAGACUACCUGUCAGUUUUCAUACAGCAGGUGAAGAACGCAGGACAUGACGAGACGGAGCAACGCCUCACCGCUUACUUCGACGGUCAGCAGGGUGUACUGCGGGGUUUGUCCAGCGGGGGGCAGAAGGAGAAUCCUAAAUUGGACAUGUUACAGUACAUCCUAGAGGAACAGUAUCGACAGAAUGAUGAGACCAAGUCUGUACUGUUCGUUAGGACACGGGCCCUUGCAGACGCCUUGAAGAGCUGGAUAGAGGAGUCUGACUCUCUGAAGUUCCUGAAACCAGGAGUACUGAUCGGGAGAGGACACAAGUCCAGCCAGCUGACCGGCACACGCAUGACGCUGAACUCUAAGAAAGGUGUGCUGGAUUCCUUUAAGAGUUUUGACAAUCAAAGCAAGAUCCUGAUCGCUACUUCGGUGGCCGACGAGGGCAUCGAUAUCCCACAAUGCAACCUGGUAUUGAUGUACGAAUACGUUGGCAAUGUGGUCAAGAUGGUCCAAGUCAGAGGUCGCGGCAGGGCCCAGGGCAGCAAGUGUAUCUUGGUGUCUGAUAAAAAGGACCGGAUUGAUAAAGAGAAACAUAACAUGGAGAAGGAGAAGAUUGUAGAGAAAGCCAUCAGAAAGCUACAGGACACACCUACUGAGAUGCUCCGCAAGAUGGAGGUGUUCCAGCGUGGGGACAAGGUGUGUCGUGACAUGGUGAAGAUGGUACCAGAGAGACGCCUGACUGAAGGGAGCUACCAGCUCCUCUGCUCCAAGUGUAAAAAACACAGCUGUUACACAGACGACAUCAGAGUACUGCAGGAUUCUCACCACAUCGUGUUGGACCCCACUCUGUUCUCUCGAGCUCGGACAGAACCUCACCCUAAACCCAAAGGUUUCAUGGGGCUGGUGAAGACCAAGAAGCUAUUCUGUCACUGUGGACUGGACUGGGGGAUAGUGGCCUCAUACCUGAGCAUACAGAACCUGCCCGUGUUAAAGAUAGAGAGCUUUGUGGUGAAGAACUGUGUUACCGAGCAACAGAGGUACUACAGGAAGUGGAGAGACGUGACCUUUUCCAUGAAGACCUUUGAACUGACAGACAUAGCGGAUAGCUGGAAUCCAUUGCUUGAAGACCAGUAGGCCCCUACACCUGUCAAUCUGGAAAGGAGGAGGAGCCAUGAAGAGAGAAAGCAUUGGUCAUUACCAACCCCUGCAAUGCCAGGAGCCUCAGGACCAGAACAUCCAAUCAAUCAGAUCAAAACAAAUUACAACACAGUCAAAACAAAACUACAUUGCUUAUUGGGAAACACAAAGCGCAAUGCAGUGCUAUCUGGCCAUAAAUCGACAGUACACUGUGGCAAACUAUUUGACCAUGGUUACUGAUCAAAACCUUAGAAAAAAAAAACCUUGACAAAGUACAGGCUCAGUGAGCACAGCCUUGCUAUUGAGAAGGGUAGACAUAGGAAAACAUGGCUCCCUGUAGAGGAUAGGCUAAGAUCUCUCUGAUAAAAAUAGGCAUCCUGUUGGGGGAAGAUGCAGAGAGCAGCACGCAUGUUAAUGUUCAAGGUUAUUUUGACCCUUAAUUAUUGUUGUUGCUGUUUGUCCCCUUGACAAUAUUGAUUAUUAUUAUUAUUAAUUAUGUUAAUGUAGUUAAAUUAAUCACUUAAUUUCCAAAGUAUAGCGUUUGGCAAUGUGUACAUUGUUACGUCAUGCCAAUAAAGCAAAUUGAAUGAGA